AGGUUGAGGCUAGAGUCCUACUACCUGCACCUUUGCCUAGGGUGAUCCUUCGAGGAGGAAGACGUGAAAUGGAGGGUGGACGCAGGAUAACUAGAAGGAACCCGACAGGGCAUGUGCCGGGGGCCACCGGGCAUGCCACUCGGGCGGAAUCACGGACCUCUAGGGGUAGAGGCCGGGGCCAAAGCCGAGGAGGAGGUCGAGGCAGGGGUCGUGGGCGUUCUACAACGCCGACGGCAAGUAGCACGCGUGUCGGUUCUGUGCACCCAUCCAGGGCCACCGAACCGAACGAUUUCACAUAUGCUCCACGCACCGAGCAAGAGGAGACCCUGUACAACGGGGAGGACUUUGAGGAAGAAGAUGAGGAUGAUGAUCCUCAUUAUGACCGUAUGAGUGAGGUUGAGGCUAGAGUCCUACUACCUGCACCUUUGCCUAGGGUGAUCCUUCGAGGAGGAAGACGUGGUUCGUGCUUCCAUUCGUAUUUAUGAAAUCUAUAAACUGCUCAUGGAUUUUUGAACAAUGUUUUCAUUAAAACAGUUGGGGGGCCUGUGUGCCCGUGUUUGCCACGUGUGGUUAAGUAUCAAACAUAUUAUUAUUUCCGCAUUUGUUUGAUUAUGAUAUUGAUGUUGAUUGUAUGUGUUUACUAAUCGGUUUGGCAAUAAAAACAAUCGGACGCCUUGUAC